UUGUAUGUUGGGAUCACAAUUUUAUAAUUUAUAAUUUAAAAAAAGCAAAUGUCGUGUUUAUUAAAAAUAAGUAUAUGAUCAUUUGAUUCACAUACACAAAGUUGGAUUUAAAAGACCUUUAUUAUCGUGCAAGCUAGAAAAUAUAAACGUUGAAAAUGCGUAGAAAAAAAUAUGUUAAAUGGUGCAUCUCUUUUUAUUUGAUCUCAUUUGUUGCAUUUUAUUUUUAUCUUUUUACUAAUAUGUGUUUCCAAGGAAAUGUGCUCAGUUCAUUUCAUUGUCAUGAGGAGUGGUGCCCUGCGAUAAGCCCAAGAAACGGAGAACUAACCUGGAGCACCUUACCUUGAUUGGCGUUUUAUGACACGCCGAAAUGAAUUAAUGUGACAAUCCGUGAGAAUAUCUGGCGGGAAUUUUAAUGAUAUUCGUUUCGGCUAGGUGAUGAUGAGCGUGUUCCGGGUUAAAUCAUAAGUGAAUGGAGUUGUAAAGGAUGCUGGUUUGAGUUCAACUCAAUAUCGGGCAUUGCUAUUGAUUGUCAUGACAUUGACAGUGCAAGGGGCUCCCACCCCGGCCCCUAACCGGGUCGUAAGGGACCAAUCCGCGGUGAUGCACGAUGCCCCUUGCUACGUUUUAAGUCCAGAGAAUCCGGUCAUAAAUAUAUCUCCAAGGGAAACCAUUGACGAUAUGGUUAGAAGAACGGAAGGAGUAAAAAUAGCCGCAUCAAAGAUUAUCAAACACAUGAAAGACACAAUAUUACAGUCGAAGCUUCUACAGUGGGUAGAAACUGACAGCUUUGUAACUUCUAGCUUUACUCCGGCUGCAGCAGUUGCAAAUCGGGAACAGGCAUUCCGGGAGCAUUACUCUUUAUUGUUCAGACUCGUGACACAUGUUGAGCACGUAUACAAAAACAACACCAUUAAACAACAGUCUGAGAGCGGAAGUCUGAAAUCACAAAUCAGAGAUCUAGAAAAAGAGAUCUUCCAACUUUUAUGUGACUUAAAAAUUGCAUCUAGACUUACAGCCCAAAGUGUUCCAAGUUCUGACACAACUGUUUCUAAUCAGUUCAAAAAUCUAGCGACUACUACCGUUAAUGAAAUGCUUCGCGCUUACAUCGUCAUAAGAGACGUUGAAAAAGUGAUGACGUCAUUGCAUAGGAUUUAUAUAGCCGUGAGAGAUUCGCCCGUUGGAAUAAAACCAUGAGUGUAUUCGUGGCCAGAUAAAACUUAACUAUAAGUGCUUUGAAUCAAUAAGAGCACAACUUGUGCUCGGUAUCUUUUGGAAGAAUUUGCAAAAAUACAAUUGGCAAGUAACUUGAAACCCAAAUAAUACUCUAUACAGCCAAGGAAUUAUGGACAAAAUGUUAAAAAAACAUGCAAUUAUUAAAAGCACUUGAACUCAUGUCUAAUAAAUAACAAAAUAUUGUUUAAAAACGUCGAAAAGAGGUUUAUUAAGUAGAUUGUUUGAGAAGAACAUCGUUGUAUACCUUUUGGACAUGAAUUUUAUAUGUUUCCUUUUUUACUAGUGUGCAGUCCUAUAGACCAAUUUAAUUGGAACAAUUGUGAUAAGUUUGUGCAAUAUCAUAUUUUUAAUAUUUACAUUCCAUAUUUUUUGAUGUAAUAUUCCGUCCAUUAUAUGUGUUUUUACUAUCUAUAUUUAAAGAGAAUUGUUCACAGUUUUAUAAAAUUACAAUUUUCAAAAAAGUGCCAUAUAUUCAAAAGAACUAAUGCAUUAUAUUUGAACAAACAAACUAAGACACAUAAGUAAGAAAAAAAGGCCAAAAAUAUAUGUUCUUUCAUUGAUUAACAUCUAUUUUAAUCAGAAAAAAAUAAUGCGUUCAUAACGCAUUUCAUCGAUAAUCAAAUAAAAACCCUUGUGCUACCGAUAGAACGUUUAUAUUUAUAUAAUACGAAAGGUUCGAGGUUCGGGAUCAGGAUAAGCACCUUUUUACAUCUUUUUCCUUGUUAAUAUAAUUAUUUAACAAAUAUACUAAAUUAACGAAUUUAAUACUCAAUUCAUUGUAUGAUAUUGUUAAAAAAUAAGACAAUAUGUGAACACGGCCCUUUAAGAUAUAUUUUAUUUGUCUUCAAAUUGCUUGUUUGAAUGUAUGCUUGUGUACGGGUGUGUGUAUUAAUUUACUUAUUUAUUUACAUUAAAUGCAUAUGUUAUGAAUGAAUCUAAUAUACGUGAAUAUAAAUUUAGUUUGUUGACAUCCUUAUUUAUAAAUAAAAAUGAUAAAUAUUUAUGAAAACAAUCAUAAAUUGUACGUGUACCGGUUACUGAAGAAUAAGAAAUGAGUCAACAAAAAACGAGUAUAUAGUCGAAGAAAUAAAAGUAAGCAUGUUAUCAUAAUAUACAUUUGUGAAAUAUAACAUUUAAAAACGGGUUUGCGUCUGUGUUUAUAAAGUUAAAUUGUUAAAAAAUAUUUGAUGUGCUUUUUUGGCUGUCAGAUGUACAAGUAUUGUGCUAUAUUAUUUAAUUUGAGCUACACGUUACAACCAGUGCUUCAAAAUUGUGA